ACUUCUAUAUGUGUUUUCUUGUGGAGUAUCUGAACUUGGCAUCUUAAGGUUGGGACCGCAGCAGGACAGAACUGUGUGCUGUGUUGGGGAGCCUCAGGACCACACAGCACUGCUGACGGAUGCUCUGAGCUGCCAGGAUGGAGCUGCAGUCUGAGCUGGGGGCGAUGCUCAGCACCACGGGGGGUGAUUCCCAAUGCCCAGAGAGCAGCCCUGAGCCCUGCCAGCCACCACGGGACACGGGGAGAUCCAAAGAAGGGGGGGAUGCUCCAUCUGCCAGUGGGCAGAGCCUGGUGCUGCAACCAGCAGUGGAGGAGGAGGUGCCCCACCCCAGCACCGCAGAGGAUCCUGCUGAGCACCAGGAGAGCAGAAGCCCAGGUGCCCAUGAGGAGCUGCCCACCCCCAGUGAGAGCAAUGCAUCCCCGGGGGGGGCUUCACAGCCGGCAGCUGAGCCCCAAAGCACCCACUCCCCAUCCCGUGAACCUGAGCCUGAUUUCUACUGUGUGAAGUGGAUCACGUGGAAGGGAGAGCGGACACCCAUCAUCACCCAGAGUGAGAACGGGCCCUGCCCGCUGCUGGCCAUCAUGAACAUCCUCUUCUUGCAGUGGAAGGUGAAGCUGCCCCCACAGAAGGAGGUGGUGACGUCGGAUGAGCUGAUGGCCCAUCUGGGGGACUGCAUCCUGUCCAUCAAACCCCAGGAGAAGUCAGAGGGGCUGCAGCUGAACUUCCAGCAGAACGUCAAUGACACCAUGAUGGUGCUGCCCAAGCUCUCGACGGGUCUGGAUGUGAACGUUCGCUUUACGGGCGUUUCUGACUUUGAGUACACCCCGGAGUGCAUCGUCUUCGACCUCCUCAAUGUCCCCCUGUACCACGGCUGGCUGGUGGACCCACAGAGCCCCGAGGUGGUGCGAGCUGUUGGCAAACUGAGCUACAACCAGUUGGUGGAGAAGAUCAUCACGUGCAAACACUCCGGUGACCCCAACCUGGUGACCGAAGGGCUGAUUGCUGAGCAGUUCUUGGAAUCCACGGCCUCCCAGCUGACUUACCACGGGCUGUGUGAGCUGACGGCAGCUGUGAAGGAGGAGGAGCUGAGCGUCUUCUUCCGCAACAACCACUUCAGCACUAUGAUAAAGCACAAGGGCCACCUGUACUUGCUGGUGACGGACCAGGGCUUCCUGCAGGAGGAAUGUGUGGUGUGGGAGAGCCUUCACAACGUGGAUGGGGACAGCUGCUUCUGCGACACCCAGUUCCACCUCAGCCACGUGCUGGGCAAAGAGGCGGCUGCGCCGGAGCAGAGUCAGCUGGACCAGGACUACAUGAUGGCGCUAUCCCUGCAGCAGCAGCAGGGCCAGGGUCCUUCAGCACUCAGUGACCUGGAGCUGGCACGGCAGCUGCAGCAGGAGGAAUAUCAACAACAGCAGCAGCAGCGGCCACCCCCAGCUCCCCCACAGGGCCGAGCACAGCAGGGCGGCCGCCCAACACCAGAGCGGAGACAGAGGCACAAACAGAACUUGGACUGCACCCUCCUGUAGCCCCCCAGGACCCCCCCAACCCACAGGGAUCCUCUGCAGAUCUUGGGGACGAUGUGGGGGUUGGGGAGGGCCCUUCUUGCACAGUGCUGGGACCGUCCCUGUAUUUCAAGUGGCCUUAAUAUGGGGGUGAGGAACCCGUGGGAGCAGGGUUCCCCCCCCUCUGCCCUGCUAUGGACCCUCAGGGAUGGUGGGGCUGCUGUGGGGGGGGAGAUGUGUGCCCUCUCCCACAGCAUUGCCUUAGCCAAUAAAGGACUUUACCCAUUGCA